CAUGACAUUGAACAUUUAGAAUCGCAUCAAAAUCAUGAUUUACAGGAAGAUCUACUGAAAAUCUACUUUUGAAUUUGAAGAACUAGUUAUGUGGACUACUCAGGUUCAACUGUGUCGGCUUGUCAGUCGAAGCAACAACAGAAAUUUACAAAAAAGUGCAGAAAACGUUUUUGGAAAAUUUCAACAAAACAAGUUUGGGUCGACACAUCAAAAUGUUACCUCACUGCUAAACCAGAGAACUUUUGUGACGUUGACCUCAAUUAAAGAUGAUCUCCUGUCCCCGGUAGGAAAAUCGUCAACCCAUGUUAAGCAAAGAAAAAUGGACGUUAUCUCAUCUAAUUUGUCGCUGUUUUCUGCAUCACCACUGCCACUGGCACAGUCAUUCGCAAAUUUCAAUCAGAGGGACAGUCUCACCAAACGUGUGAACUUCUUUCAAAGAGCGCAUCUUUUUGGUUCCGGAGCAGGCAAAGAACGACAGUUCGACUUCGUACACACCUGCAAACAUACAGACGAUCGCUGGCCGAUAAAAGAAACGCUUGUUGAAACAUGUGGAGAAAUAUACGAGGAUGACCCGUAUCAUAUCAAAUUCAGUACUUCUUACAUAGAUACUGGAGCUCGUGGUCAUGAGGAAUGUCAGACAGUUAUGAUGGUUCAUGGAGCGCCAGGAUCCCAUCAUGAUUUCGUGCCCAUCAUCGAUAUUCUUGUAACGAAAGGAAUUCGAGUUAUUGCACCUAAUAUGCCUGGAUAUGGGUUUACAAAAGGCCUUGUACAGAUGGACGAUGAGGCCUUUAUACAGAGUACAGAAGAACGUACAGACUUCUUGCUCGACUUCCUUAGUGAAAUAGGUGUACCAAAAAUAGACAUGAUUGUUGCCCACAGUUCUGGAAGUUCUGCUGCUUUGAAGAUAUUGUCACAGUCGAAUAAGGUCAAAGCGUUGACCACUAUUUGUCCUUUACCACACAAUCUCGAGUGCAUUGAGACUUAUCUGUUUGUGAAGAGUUUGGCCAGCAAGCAAGACAGUUUGUUUUGGAAAAACAUUGCCAAGAAGUACGUCAGAAAUAAGUCGACACAGUUUGGAUUCACAGCUGAAGACCCUCGACACAUGAUGCAAGCCCUUCUUGCCAUAUCAAACUCGCAGUUCAGAGACAUAGGCAGCUUUGCGAUGUCCCUCAGUCUAAAGCACGUCCCAGUCCUGGCCGUGUACACUGACGAUGACCGGUUCAUUUCACCAGAUAAGGCUGCCGAGUUUCUAGAUCUUCUUGGCAUCAGUCCACACCGGGUGGCCACACUUGAUGUGGGUGGCGGUGUGGAGACGUCAGGAGUGGACUUCAAAGGUUAUCCUCGAGGUGUAAAGUUGAAUGCAGGAGGUCACCAUCCCCACCUCAAGUACCCACAAUUUUUUGCCGAGGAAAUAUUAAAGUUCUUAGAAUAUCUUUCCAGCAAAGAUUCAAGCUUAUGACAAUAGGCAUUUUGAAAUUCUAUUAACUUGAAUAAAAUUUUAAUAGAACUUCUGUAUAUCUGAUUCUAGCGAAUCACAAUUAUUGGGAUGGCAGAACUGAAGUCAAUUCAAUGCAGAUUUUGUCUCUAAAAUUUGGUAAUGCUAGUUUUUUACAAUGAAACUUUUCCCAAGCCAAGUUGGCCGCUUGGUUUAUACCGGCUGUGGGCCAGGCUUGCGGUACACUGCCUUAACCCUGCGGUAGUGAAAGGGCUAAAAGAGACUCCACUUGAUUUGUUUGAUGUUGAUGCCUCACAUAAUCGCAAGCCUACGUGUUUGUAGGACUAGUCCCGACGUGUGUGUAGCGCUAUACCUUGCUAAA